GUAGAAGAAGCAGCUUCGACUCCAUUUUUCUUUCAGUUCUUACAACGACAAGCUGGUUAAAACUAUUUCUAAAUAAAAUAUAAUCCCUAAGAACAGCCAAGAAUACUUGUAAACAUGUGGGACGGACCGGGACCACGGGGAAGACCACCCUUUCGUGGGGAUCCUCGCGGAGAGAUGUUUUGGGGUCGAGAUCGUCCAAUGCCUAGAGAUGGGAUGAACAUGGGUCAUAUGGGCCCUCGACCUUUUGAUUUUCCAAUUAUGGACCAGAGAAGGAUGGAUGGCUUUCCCAUGAGAGGGCAUGAUAUGGAUCCACGAGAUAUGCGAGGAAGAGAUCCAGGCAGAGAUUUCUUCAUACCCAGAGAGGAGCCAGACUUCCAUCCUAGGAGGCAUGUAGACAUUUCCAUGAGAGACCAAAUUGUUGAGGCUCCUGGUUUUCGUGGGCCAGGCAGGGAUUUAGGAGGGAGGGGUAUGCCUCCAUGGGACCCAAAUGACAGAUUUUCAGACAUGGGGGACAGAGAAAGAUUUGGUUAUGACAUGCAUCGCUUUGACAGGCCUGAUAUUGAUGGAAGGAGAGGCUUUCCCAUGGAUCCAAUGGAGCGAGAUGAUGGAUUUAGGGACAUGCCUGGCAGGCAUCCGGUGGAUGUUGGUGAUGCUGAUCGCUAUGAGAUGGACUUGCCUCCACAUGAAAGGAGACUGAUUGAUAUUGAUAGAAGAGGAGGGCCACCAUUCAACCCAAGAGAUAGAUUUGAGUCUGAUAUGGACUUUAGGAAUCAACCUGGACCACCUGUUGACUUCAGAGGCAGGGAUCGUUCUCCUUUAAGAUUUGAACCAGGUGAGUUCCCUCCAGGUGAAAGAGAAAGAUUAGACAUGCCCCAAGAUUUGCUUGGUCGGAGGCCAGAGUUUAGGGGUCCAGGAGAUACUGGUGGGAUUGGAGAGUAUCCCGAAAAGGUUGAUAGCCCCCUCAUGGAUUAUCGGAGUGGUGAGGAGAUGACUCUAGCUGAAGAAUGGAAGAGCCGUCAAAAAGACAAGAAUCCUUAUUUGGGUAAAGAUUUGAAAAAGGAAACCAAUCCCAGCUUCCCUGUUGGUCUCGGCAGCAAUGUGAAUGUAAAGGACCCAUCACCAUUUAACAAGAGGGAUGGGUCUCGUGGCGACCAUUUUCCUGCUACGGAUCCACCAAUACCUGGCAAGAUGGGUUUACAGGACCAUCUGAUGCCAGAGGUUGACCCCCUAAUAGGUCGUCACAAUAGAGAAAAUAAAGAAUGGUCCAGAGAAAGGGAUCCCAAGUACAUCCAGGAUAAAACAAGUCGUGAUGAAAGGCCCCCUUACCCUGAAGAGCCAAAUAAACCCUCACAUGGGAAGACGGAGCCAAAUAAUCCUUUUAGAGAAAUCAAAGAUGUUCCACCUGAACAAACAUCCUUCAGGGAAAACCUGGGAAGGGAAGAUGAUUACAGAAGAAACAGCACGAUACAGGCAAGAGAUCAGGACUACAGGGACAUAGAUUACAGAACAGAGUCUAGGAGGGUUUUUGAAUACCAACACAAAGAACUUCCUCCAACAGAGAAACUUCUAAAGGAUCCUGUUCCAAUCACACCGUCAAAAUUCCCAGACUCCGUUUCCCAGGAUCGAGAUUACAGGAAUGCGUCAGUGAAGGACAAAGUUUCAAAUGUUAUAUCCAUAAGUGGUAUUCCAAAGACAGAAUCGGUGGAUCAGGUUCUUGGAGCCUUUGCGGUCCGUGACGGCGUGCCGAUGCAGGGGAUGAAAAUCAGAAAUGUUGUGCCAGGUUACAGCUACGAUAUGGCCUAUGUGGAGUUUUUAAACCUCGAGGAUGCUGUCCACUUCAUGGAGUCCAACAAGGGUUCCAUAAAGGUUGGCACUAGAACAUCUGUCAUGAAGUACGUCCAGCCAAAUGAGUGUGAAAGCGGUCUUGUUGAACCAGAUCACAGACUACCUCACACCCUGGACUCACAGUUACCCCCGGCAGAUCUGAGGACUAACCCAAACGCUAAAGGUCUUAUUAAGGAGCUGCCUCACAGUCAGUUGCAACGUAACACUGACCUGACACCAGAGGCGUGGCAGCAGCAGGUUGACCAGCAGCACCAACAAGAACAAACCGAGCAACUGGAAGAGUCUUCAGACAACCUCAACCCUCUUCACAGCUCAGAACACACCAAGUCUGUAUUCAAAGACAGUAAAACCAUGAUAAUCAAGAAUGUGAAGUCCACCACCACAGUAGAGACCAUUCUAAAAGCUUUGGACCCAUUUGCAUAUCUGGAUGAGAGAAGUGUCCGCUUAGUAAAGGGAAAGCCCCCUGGAACAAGAUGCUUCUGCUUUGUUGAUAUGGACUCCCAUGAGCAAGUGAAACGUCUGGUUGAUCUCAUCACCAAACCCAGGCCCUUGUAUAUUGAUGGAAUCAGAGUCCAUGCUGAAAUUGCAAGACCCCUUAAGAACCAGAGUCUGAGAAGAGAUUAUGAAGCGCCAAACCUUUCAAUGGUUCCGCAUCCAUCUGAGGAUGUCAUAAUGGCCACCUCUGGUGUUUUAUUACAGCAGUCAUUCCCACCACCUCCACACUACUUGCACCCUGCAAUGGUUCCUGUUGUUGGCGCUCCUGCGACAGAAGUUGCAAUGCAAGCAGGGGAUUUAAAUACUCUCUGCAAGAAUCCUGCUGCCUCUUCAGAUCCCAGCCUUAGUCUGGGAAUGGACUUUGGUGAAACUACUGCUGCAGCCCCAUCACACCAGACUGGUGGACAUGUUCACGCAGACUCAGCUGAAAUACAGGCCCGCACAGAAGGAUCACAGACUUACAUUUAUGGUUCCGAAACUCCAGACAUGUCCAGUUACUUGUUUGAUUCAACGUCGGGCUUCUACUACGAUCCUGAGACAACCCUGUACUAUGAUCCAAAUUCAAGGUAUUUCUACAACGCUCAAACCCAGGAGUACCUGUACUGGGAUGGAACGUCCAAAACCUACAUCCAGGUUCCAGGAGGGAGCGCUGCAGGUUCCUCCCCAGGACCCAUCAUGACCGCAGAAGACCGGGCCAUUCUUUCCAACCCGGCUGCAGAUGCUCCUUUAGAGCUGAAGAAACCAUCAGCGCCACCCCAGGCUUCUACUGACCCUGAUGCCGGUUCAGCAGAGAGCUCCGGAGGGUCUGUCCAAUCCCUCACAGUCGCUCCCGAGAAGAAGGAGGACGAGGAAUCUCCGAAGAAGGACAAAGAGAAGGAUGGCAAAGACGAGAAACCGAGAAGUCUUGCUGCUGUUAAGAUAAUGAAAGACAUGGAGCGGUGGGCAAAGAUCCAGAAUCGGCAGAAAGACACAGUGCGUUCUCCAUCUCCGGUCCUGAAGUCUGGGAUUGACGAUGAAAGGAGGCCGUCUAAGUCGGCUGAUGCUGCCUUUGCUAUAUUCGAGCGCAAGAUCGCAGGUGGUGAUGAUCUUUUUAAGAAGCCCGUUGCUCCUGUCAAGAAAGACGAAAAAUCCAAACGUCCAAUGGGCUCUUUGGGUCUGCUGGCGUCAGACUAUGGAGCUGGAAGUGACGAAGAGAUUGAAGAAGACAAGGAGGAGGUGGUGGGAGGAGCUAAAAGCAUCCAAAAGAGCCACCCGGAGGAGAAGGACAGACUGACGGACUGGAAGAAGAUGGCUUGUCUGCUGUGCAGGAGACAGUUCCCCAACAAGGAUGCUCUUAUCCGUCACCAGCAGCUCUCUGAUCUCCAUAAACAAAAUAUGGAGAUCCACCUCAAGAUCAAGAAGUCGAAAAAGGAGCUGGAAGCUCUGGAAAACCAGGAAAAAGAACUUAAUGCCAGAGAAUCUUCCAGAUCACCAGAACAGAAAAGACGAAAACAGCAUCACCAACAGCCGCAACACCACAGCAGCUGGGCUGGAAGCUCCAGGGAAGCAAACAAAGUCAGUGAGAGGCCUGGUUUAGGGGCUGAACCUGUCCAGAAGAAGAAAAAGGAGCCUGUUGUUUGGGACCACAACAGCUACAAGCAAGCAGUACGCAAAGCCAUGUUCGCACGGUUUAAGGAACUUGAAUGAUCUCUGAAUAAACUUUUACCUUUAAAUGUGAACUGGUAAUGAGGUGCUCGGCCAACUCCGCACAAGAAAUGGCAUUUCUCUGCUGUAGGAGUUAAUUUUUCUUCGCUGUGAAAGGCUGAGAUAAAGAGACAAAUAAUUUAACAAAACUGAUCUGAACGGUCGAAAAGAAACAUCCUCUGCAAUUUUGUACAGAAAAAUACAUGUUGAUUUUUGUGACGUAUGUAUUUGAGAAGCCUUUUUUUGUUUUUGUUUUUUUUCUAUUUUUACACUUUCACACUAGCUACAGAUACAUUUGUUUUAAAACUUUUUUUAAUCAUUACUUUUUAUUUGGCAAAGUUGCUAUAUGUGGUCAUGUAAUGUAAACGGUAAAGAUAACAUCAGUGUCUUGGUGUAAACUUGUAAAAUUAUUAGCUUACCACUAGGUGGCACAAUUGUACCAUGCUGUGUUAUUUGGUCAUUUAUGUUAUCCAGCAGCUCAGAUUUCCCCCCAAAAAAUUAUGUUUUCUGUUAAAGAAAAAUACUUCAGGAUUUUGUCUUCUGAGCAUUUUUUUUUUUUUGUUAAAUAAA